AAGUUGGUGAAUAGCGGGAGUUGGGUAAAAAUAGAAAAUGUUUUAAAGAUGUUCGCGAUCCUUUUGCAUGCACGCUUAUCUUGAGGAUCGAUAGUUUUAGCUUGUACAACGGUUUUAAUAUUCGUUUUUCAGCGCUAAUUCCUGGAUUUUCUGCGAAAUGCCUCAACGACGAGAACCUCUAAAAAGUUUGCCAGUGGCAGCGGCAUCAAGAAAUGGAAGUCAACGUGAUCUGAUGAGCAUGUGGCAUAUGACCCCGCGCCAAUCGCCUGAAGAAGAAAUCAUUGAACAGCGAAGCAGGCGGUCGUCUCCGAGAAAAAGCCCGAAGAAAAGCUACAUAGAAACAAUCGACAUAACCAAUCUAGAUUCAUCUAUGGAGUCGAACCUGUCUAUGGCAGAUACUGACACGCCACUACGAACCAAAGUCCCACGAGCCGUCAAGAAGAAACUGCUCAUGUCAAAAGAUGACGAGGAAAAGACUCCUUUCCCCAAGAACCUUUCUCCUCCAACCAAGAAGAGGAAAACCUCGUCAAAGAAAAAGAUGGCCGUAUCUAACGAUUCGCGAGUCACGCCUGAUGAUCUCAGUAGACGGUUAUCUUCCCUCAGCAACCAGCAGUUGGUAGACAUAAUAACCGGAUUGGCUGGUAAUCAACCGGAUCUGCAGCAGGACAUUGAGGAGCUGAUCCCUGCCCCCGAUAUCACCCCCCUGGUGGAGAACCUGAAUUUCUUCAGGAAGAACAUUCUCAAGGCAGUGCCCUAUUCACGUUACGGAACCAACACUGAUGCGUUCUGUUUCCGGCGGUGUAAAACUCAUGUCAUGAGCUUCAAGGAGGCGUGUGUGAGUCAGGGGAAGCAACUCCAAGAGGCCGGUUCGUGGUGUGCUCUGUGUGAGUAUGUUAAGCAGGCGUGGAGUGAGGUGGGUGAACUGCCGGACUGGGACAACGAGAACCACUGCUCGGCUAAACGGCUGUGUUUCAAGUCUCUGGCGGCCAUGUUUAAACACGUCAUUAAAAACGGCACGUUCAGCAGGGAGGAGUACAGUGAGAUGAAAGAAUGGCUUGCACCAAAGGUAGAUUUCCACGAAGAGUUAUCUCCCUGUACAACUCUUUUGGAUAAAAAGAUUGCUAAAUGUCACUGAGAAUGUAUUCGGCACUGCAUGACAUUUGUGAAAAAAAAUACAUUUUUAAUUAACAAUAUGACCCGCGAGAAAUUUGAGUAAAAUAUUGCUUUUCAGGAUUGUUCCUUAACCUGAAUCAUGCAGACGUUCUUGGAAAUUAAUUGUCAAGAUGUUCUUGGAAGUAAUUUCCUAGACUUGGAUGAAACUAAAUUAUAGAAAUGAAUAAGUGUUACUGGAAAAGAAUUGCUAAUCCUUUUCUAGCAGUAAAUUACCCAGAUGUUUUAGAAAUGAAUUGUAGAGAUGUUCCUAGAAAAGGAUUGCUUAGGUUUUUCUAGAACUAAAUUACCCAGAUGUUUUAGAAAUGAAUUGUAGAGAUGUUCCCAGAAAAGGAUUGCUUAGGUUUUUCUAGAACUAAAUUACCCAGAUGUUUUAGAAAUGAAUUGUAGAGAUGUUCCUAGAAAGGGAUUGCUAAGACUUCUAGAACUAAAUUACCCAGAUGUUUUAGAAAUGAAAUGUAGAGAUGUUCCUAGAAAGGGAUUGCUAAGACUUCUAGAACUAAAUUACCCAGAUGUUUUAGAAAUGAAAUGUAGAGAUGUUCCCAGAAAGGGAUUGCUAAGACUUUUCUAGAACUAAAUUACCCAGAUGUUUUAGAAAUGAAAUGUAGAGAUGUUCCUAGAAAGGGAUUGCUAAGACUUCUAGAACUAAAUUACCCAGAUGUUUUAGAAAUGAAAUGUAGAGAUGUUCCUAGAAAGGGAUUGCUAAGACUUCUAGAACUAAAUUACCCAGAUGUUUUAGAAAUGAAAUGUAGAGAUGUUCCCAGAAAGGGAUUGCUAAGACUUUUCUAGAACUAAAUUACCCAGAUGUUUUAGAAAUGAAAUGUAGAGAUGUUCCUAGAAAGGGAUUGCUAAGACUUCUAGAACUAAAUUACCCAGAUGUUUUAAUGAAUUGUGAAGCUUAUGAUUUAUUAAGUGAAUUGUAUCUCCCUUUAAGGAGAAGUAGGCUGUACAUUAUACACAAUGUAGCAUACGUCUUUGUGAUAAAGCAUCCACCAUUGAUACAUCAGUAGAUCCAGUGUAAGUCAAUAUACACAACUUCACAUACGUUGUUAUCGCUUCCUAUUUAUUGCGCAAGAAUAUAUACCACGAGACCGCAUGGUAGUCGAGUGGUAUGUUCUUUUUCAAAAUAAACGAGUGCAAUAAACA